AAAAUUUCUACAGCCAACCGUUGGUUUUAGAAAUAAGUAUCCAAUUCUCACCUCUCCGAUUCAAUUAGAAAUUGAAUCCCCGUUUUUGUAAGUCUAUUAAAAAUGGGGGCAGGCCAAAUUGGAGGAAUAGCUACAAUGCUGGACAUAGAUUUCAACAAUGCGGCAGGAUUUCAAGGCGUUCCAGCUAAAGUUACCGAAGGACAAUUUGUUGUGUAUUACUUAUCGCAUGCAAUGCUGUUUUGUGCGGGCGCACUGAUAGAAGCCCAUGUAGUCCUCACCCCAGCGAUUUGCGUGGUCGGUGAGAGGUACAAAUUUGAAGUAUUCGCCGGCACGCAUAGAUUUCUAGAAAAUUCUGGCACAUCACGGUCUGUGCACCAUCUUUGCAUUCACAAAGGUUACAAUCACACGCUGCGAUGGGAGGCCUGUACCACCGACAACCUGGCCCUGUUGGUCCUGAGCAACCAGUUCUCUUUCAACAAACGAGAGCCUCACGCAGAAUACAUAUUAAACAGGGCUCGGUACGGAGUGAUCAGUGAUUUAAAUAAACGAAUCGGCGACACUUCGUGUCGGUUUUACGGUUGGGGAAGCAGACGUAAUGGUUAUCUUAUACCAUUGCUGAUUCAUCUGUAUCGCGUCGACGUUACUAUCAUUCCCGGCCACUUUUGUCCGACUUUAUGGGACAGUGAUGAUAAAUAUCUUUGCGUCAAACAGCCUAAAUGUAAGUCUGAAAAACACGGAGCUUUAUGUCCAGACGACGUAGGAUCCGUGCUGGUUUGUUCCGGUUACGUCCAAGGCAUGAUGACCUCACGCCUCAUAGACCGGCCCUGCGGCGUCGGCUUCGUGGACCUCAGCUUGUACAACAAGUUUUUGACGUGCGGCGUGGACGACUCGCGCGACGUGAUCGACCACGACGACUACAUGACCAUAGAUUACAGAACUGCCGUUACACCCUCUUUGAUAACCACUCCACACGGAAAUGUAACAACUGAAACGACCUAUUAAAUUGUAGUAUAUAGUAGGUAUAUAGUAGUAUAGGUAUAAUGAUAUCAUACUUUGAUUUAAGUAGAUACGUAUUCCUAUUCGGGUAACCGUUCAGUGCAGGCUGAUACUGUAUGGAACGAUAUUUUCAGUACCUAUCAGCUUUGCACAGAUAUCUGUGUAUAGUGGCGUAGGUGUAGGUACAUAAUGUUUUAGCUAAGUAGGGUAAACAAUCACUAGAAGUAUUCAUACAUACGAAGAGUUCAUACAAGCCGAUUCCCGUAAGGUUAUCUUUUAAAUAUCGAAGGGUACUUUUCGACCAGACAUGUGCUAUGCAGCUAACAUGUUGCGAAGAUGUUAAAUAGCCUAUGUAGCUGUGCGAGGAAGAUGCGCCGCCGCAAAGUAGUUGCGCUAGAAAGAUGCGAAGAUGCGAUAGCUACCCAUUGGCGUCGGCCCAUAGCAGGCAUCCACAGUACGCUUCCUUAGCACGCAUCCUUAGCACGCAUGCUUAGCACGCACCAUUAGCACGCAUCCUUAGCACGCAUGCUUAUCACGCAUCCUUAUCACGCAUCAUAUAAAAAACAUAUCUUAGUUGACUCUGUUUCCACCAGUGCUAAGCUAUAUGCACCAAUGAAUAUGAUUGGUAGAUAUAAAACGCAUCCAUAGCAACGAGUAGUACAUUUUUAUUUCAACCAAUAACAAGAAAUCUAAUAACGAUGUUACGUUUUUUAUUUUGCAAAAGUGUAACCUUUAAUGAACAUACCAUACAUAGUCACACAUAACAUAAUUAAUAUCUACAGUAGAACUAUAUAGUCUUUUUUGUCAGUAGGGUAAAAAUGUUUGAAAGAAAAUAUUUUAAAAUCUUUUGCUGUAAAGUAUUUACAAAGUACGAGUACUGGUUCAAUCUAGGAGUGUAGGAUAAAUAAAAACAGAUUCAUAUUUUUUUUAUUUAUUAACGUCAUAGUAAUUCAUAACCUAAAUAAAACUUUAAAUCUUUAA